GAAGAAGAUGCCACUAACGAGAGCUCAACGUGGUGUCUGUUUCAGUGGCCACAUACAGAAGAGAGGCUUGGUUGGAGGUGCGAGAAAAGGAAGGAGGCAGCUGAGGGAGCGCACGAACAAUUGCGCACACGUUUAGUUAUUUCUCAACAGGUCUAGUGUGGUUUGAAGAAGAACCCUCUCUCUCUCUUCUUCUCUCAAUUAUUCUUCCUCUUCCACCGUAAAGCUGUGGGUUCACGCGCGCUCGGUAAUGACUCCGCUCUCGCGCAGCUGAGCUCCACUUCGCACUGCGAUUCACCGACCACACGGUUCCUCACCGGUAAACGGACACUAAAACCAGCCCCUACUCCCGGACCAGAGCGCUCGCCGGGACACGGAGACGUGUUUCAGAGGAGUCCACCCCUCUCCUUCACCUCCACCACCACCACCACCCCCGGAGCGGACGACAAAUGCUCGACGAGCCCCGCGGCCGGUGCCCCCAGACCCGCCGGGGAGGGAGCCACGCAGAGCAGUGAUGGGACAGUUUUCGGGAGGAUACUACCUGACUUUUUCCAUCUUCGUGCUUCUUGGUUUGCGAGUCCCGGCCACGUUAGCCAGAGGUCCUCGAGGUGAAGCCCUGCAGCAUGGCCAGUCUGGGACCCUGCCCCACUUUUUGGAGGAGCCCGUCGACGCCUACAUUGUCAAGAGUAACCCCAUCAAGCUCCGGUGUCAAGCUCGGCCCGCACUGCAGAUCUUCUUCAAGUGCAACGGUGAAUGGGUGCACCAGAGCCAGCACAUGUCUCAGGAGCACACUGACCUCGGGACAGGGCUGAAGAUCCGCGAAGUGAUGAUCAACGUGUCACGUCAGCAGGUGGAGGACUUUCAUGGCCCAGAGGACUACUGGUGUUUGUGUGUUGCCUGGAGUCACCUGGGAACCUCCAAGAGCCGCAAGGCAACUGUCCGAAUUGCCUACCUGAGGAAGAACUUUGAGCAGGACCCCCAAGGCACUGAGGUGCCUCUGAAUGGCAUGAUUGUGUUGCACUGUCGUCCCCCAGAGGGAGUGCCUGUGGCUGAGGUGGAAUGGCUGAAAAAUGAGGAGCCUCUGAGCUUUGAUGACGAUGGCGUCAAUGAUUCAAGAGGAGACCAUAAUCUCAUCAUCUCAGAAGCCCGCCUCUCAGACUCUGGUAACUAUACAUGUGUUGCCAGCAACAUCGUGGCCAAGAGGCGGAGUGCCACAGCAACUGUUGUAGUCUACGUGAAUGGAGGCUGGUCAUCGUGGACAGACUGGUCCCCCUGUAAUGUACGGUGUGGUCGGGGUGUGCAGAAACGUUCUCGAACGUGCACAAAUCCAGCUCCUCUCAAUGGAGGAGCCUUCUGUGAGGGCAUGUCAGUGCAGAAGAGCACCUGCAACACAGUGUGUCCAGUCGAUGGCAGCUGGGGAGAGUGGAGCGAGUGGUCAUUGUGUAGUUCCGAGUGCGAGAGGCAGCGCAGCAGAGAGUGUACAGCUCCGGAGCCCAAACAUGGAGGACGACUGUGUGACGGCGUGGCGCUGGCGACCGACAACUGCACGGGCGGCCUCUGCACACAGAAUCGAAAGUUGCUCCAUGAUGCCAAGCCACAGGGUGUGGAGAGCAGCAGUGAUGUGGCCUUGUAUUCAGGUCUGGCUGCAGGGGUGGUGACGGUGGUGCUGCUGAUUGUUGCCGUCACUCUUUACCGGAGGAGCCAGAGUGAGUACGGUGUCGAUGUCAUCGACUCCUCGGCUCUCACUGGGGGCUUCCAGUCCUUCAGCUUCAAGACCUCUCGUCAAGCGAACCCCCUGCUCAUUAAUUCAUCCCUGCAACCUGAUCUGACAGUGUCACGUACCUACACUAGCCCCAUGUGUUUUCAGGACUCCAUUGACAAGGAGCUAAUGGCUGAGCGCUCACUCCUUGACCCGUUGCCUGAUCUUAAGGUCAAAGGGGCAACAGAAAGGGCAGAGUACCACGUCAUGUCCCACCCUCAGACAUUUCCAAGGGGCCUGGCUCCAGACUACAGAGGGGUUGCAGUGGGGACAACACUAGGAAGAAGAGGCAAAAACCUUUUUGCUCCACAAGUCUCUCUGACUCCCAGCUGGCCUCUGCACAAAGCAACUGCAGUGUUUGGCCAUGCUGGAGGCAGACUGAUGGUACCUAACACAGGUAUCAGUCUGCUGGUGCCUCAUGGGGGGAUUGCGGAAGACACUACCUGGGAAAUGUACAUGAGCAUCAACCAGGAGGACAGCAGUGCUGUGUCCGAGGAUGGGCCAGAGAUCUUUUUGAGCGCCGCAGUCAUGUACGGCCCACCUGGCCUUGACCUGUCCUGUCCCAUCGCCAUGACAAUUGCACAUUGUGCAGAAGUUGCUGCUGAUAAUUGGACCAUCCGGCUAAAGAGACAUAUUCAAGACAACAAGUGGGAGGAAGUGAUGUCUGUGGACGAGGAGAGCACAUCGUGCUACUGUCUGCUGGAGGCCCAGAGGUGCCACGUGCUGUUGGAGCAUCCAGGCCGCUACGCCCUGGUGGGGGAGCCGCUGAACCAGGAGGCGGCCAAGCGGCUGAGGCUGGCUGUGUUUGGCAGUCCGGAUACCAGCAACUCUCUGGGCUUCACCCUCAGGGUUUACUGUGUGGACGACACGCCCCAUGCAUUUCAGGAGGUGGCAGUGGGCGAGCGCAGCAGGGGCGGACGGCUGCUGGAGGAGCCUAAAAUUAUGCUGUUUCGGGGGAACACUUUCAGCCUCCAGGUGUCCAUCCAGGACGUCCCACAGUUACUCUGGAGCAUCAAGCCUUUCACCACCUGCCAGGAGUUCUCCUUUUCUCAGGUGUGGGCCAGUAACCAGCGUCCUCUGCAGUGUGCCUUCUCUUUGGAGCGAUACAGCCACUCCUCGUCUCAGCUCUCCUGCAAGAUCAGCAUCCGACAGGUCACAGGCGAGGAGCAGAUACUCCAGGUCUAUACGUCUGUGGUGGAGAAUGAAAAGGGACCGGUUCCCUUUUUCACCCAGUCGGACUGUACCAUCACCUCUCAGACAGGGUCAAGGGCCUUUAAAAUCCCCCUGUCCAUCCGUCAGCGGAUCAGCGCCACCUUUGACACCGCUAACGCCAAUGGGAAAGACUGGCAGCUCUUGGCUCAGAAGCUCCACAUAGACAGGAACCUGUGCUACUUUGCAUGUCAGGAGAGCCCAUCAUCAGUGAUUCUGAGUUUGUGGGAAGCCCAGCACCAGGACUCGGGGGACCUGGACUCUCUGGCCAGUGCCCUUGAGGAGAUCGGCAAGGUUCAGUCCCCGAGGUCGGCCACUCUUCCCUGCAGCAAAGAAGAGAGGGACUCUGAAUUCACAAAACUUGGGUAGGACAGAGUCGACGGCAGAUCAAACCAUGAUAAACGUUUACUGCAUGAACACUAAUGAUCAGGUGGUUUACUAACUAACCUUUAGUGAGGAGGAGGAGGAGGAGGAGGAGGAGGAGGAGAUGCAGAGAGGACAGCAGAGAGUUUGGGACUGUUACAAAAGGAACACCUCUGCUAAACCAAAUGGCCCGAACAGACAGAAUGGAAUGAAGGAAUGACAGAGAGAUGAGUGUUUGUGUUAUUGAGAGGCCCCAACAAAUAUUGGAAAGGGAUAUGACUAAGCCCCACAACCACCUUUGAUUGAGAAAUGUCAACUUCUGACACUUGUGAAGACCGAUUUGAUAACCUGUAUUCACGGAUUAUAGCUGUCUGUGUGAGGAAGACUCUCCUUGUAGGAUGGAGUGUGUUUCAAACAGACUGCCAGUCAGGCUGCUGUUGUGACCUUCCAGGAUUGGAUUUGCUGGUACUUGCCCUCAAAGAGUCGGCCGGGCUGUCAAAAUGUUUGGUGUGAUGUCAUUUUUUUGUCAUUCAUUUUCUAGAUGCUUCUUUUUCUUUCCUGCACCGUGUCUCUAAAGUUUCAGCUGGAGUUAGAUAAAAAAAAAAAAAACAUAUAUAUAUAUACUGGCUCUUAAUUUUUGUCAGAGCAUCGUGUCCAUACCAUGGGAUCAAAAACAAGAGUGUCCACAGUGAUUAGUAUUUAAAAGGAGUUAACGAUGCUAUAAAAAAAUGAAAUAACAUAAGGAUGUGUAAGGUGUGACUUACACAGACAUGAACAGUCAUUUUAGGAGGCGCCCACAUACACAUAAGAACAGUUUCAAUCCCACAAACAGGACAAUUUGUCAAAGCAAAGACUGCAGAGGAGGAUAAGUUACCCGGCUGAUCUGUGCAGCCAGAGGUGAACUGCAUCCCCUUACUUUGCAAACUCUUGUUAAUUUGGAGGAAAAUUAAUGUUUCACUGUGUGACAAGUGACUUCAAAACCAAACAGACAGUGAGAGUGCUCCAUACGCCACAAAUAGCUGGUACUGGUGUAUUGAUGUGUACUUUUAAGGCCUCCAGGGGCUUCUGUUUUUUUUCUUGAUUUUUUUUUUAAUCAAAAGAAUGACUUUUGAUGUGUGGCUUUACUGGAGCUGCCUUUCUCAGAUCGCCUGGCUCAUCAAAUACCUGGACGUCGUUAUUUAGAGACACUUUCAUUCCCUCUCCUCUGUGUUUUCUCCCUGGGCAGAGCCAGCAUCCAUUUGAAAAAGAUAUCCUGAUCAGGAAAGAUCCCCACAUUCAGAUGUUCCACCUGCCCCCAAGCUUAAUAAAGUGACUUUGUGUUUAACUCUGUGUUGGUGCUCUCUUUUCAUCUGCUUAAUGAACCGAAUUGUGAAAGGCCAGACAGCCCACACACUCUGCACAGUGGAGAAAUCGGUAAAUCUUCAAACACUAUUCAGAUAAGACAUGAAACAGAGACCCAUACAACGUCCAGUUUUCAAAAAGAACUACAUACGCUCUGUUUGAGUUUGGAUGGCAGAUCAUUGCUAAUUUACCACGCUGAUGUUGGAUUAUGUAGCAGUUUGAACUGCACUAAAAGAAAACCUCAACUUGACUGAGAGUAGUAAUCACAUCUAAAGAUGUUUAAGACCUAGAAGACAUAUGUCAAAGAAGCUUUUAUCAUCACGCAUUGCAGUCUCUUUGUUUUAACUUGUUCAAGUGGCUUGAAUAAGAAGCCCACUCUAAAAGCUGUCAAACAUUUAUAAAUGUCCCAACCUCUCAAUGCAGUUAAACUCUAAAAGAAUCCUCUCAGCAGAGUUUGUCUACAAAAAAAUGUUCUAACAUCUUAGAGUCACAGAGGCCAGGUGAAACAAUGCUGCUGUUCUCACUUAGAAGCACUUUUAUGCAUAUUUUUUGCAAAUUAAAUGAUUUGCUUUCUUGCCACGAGUUACAUAAAUAGACAGAUGCUUUUAUUUUACACGGAGCAACAGCCAGCAGCAAGCUAGCUUAGCAUAAAGACAGAAAACAGGGAAAGAACCCACCUGGUUCCAACAAAAGGGAACAAAGGGUAAUUUCAGGGAGGUGUGAGUCUUUGUUCUAACUGCAAGAACCGCCACGUAGAAGCUUUAUCAGGGCUGUUUUUAAGGAGAAAAAACACAAGACAUAAAUCAACACUGUGUCGGUCUCAACAUUGACUGGUUAAAGUCAGAGAGGACACCAAGCAGCAUUUUUCUGUUGUCUCGAUAUCCUCAUCAAGUCUCCUUUACUCAAAAGUCGCGAUCUUCAAUGUAAAAUUCACCAUGAAGGCUAAUAGAACAAACUCACUGUUACGUCUAGUGACUACUUUUAGUUGUUGUUUUGGUGUACUCAGAGUUAACAUUGUGGUUGAAGCUGUCAGACUCUACCACUGUAAAAGCAGAAAGCCUGAUUAGGCUUAUGCCUGCCCUGCCACGGAAAGUUUUCAAAGUUGCCCACCAGCACUUUUAAAGUUCAGUAAUAAACACAUGAAACUUCAAUUUUACAAGGGAGUGAGGCACACAACUAUUUCUUACCAGGCACUGUCUCUUUCUCCAAUCUUCAUGCUAAGCUAAGCUAACCAACUGCUGGCUGUAGCCUUGUAUUUACCAGGCAGUCAUGAGAGUCGUCUCCUCAUCUAAGACUUAAGAUUUGCAGGAAAGCAGAUAAUCCAAUUUCCCAAAACGUCAAACAUUUCUUUUGAUUAAUUCAGAUUCCCAGCUAUCAUUGUUAAGCUGGCAAAGAAGGAUUCAAAUUCAAGUGUCUUCGUGCUGCCUUCAUGUUGAUUUGUGCAUUCCUGGAAACACUGAGAUAUCCACCCACAGAGAGCUUUGACUGCCAGUUAAUCAAACCUGCCUGUAGUCUGUCAGAAACACCACAGUAUGUGCAGUAUGAAGAGGGACAGCGUUUCCUCUAUUGAUUAAAAAAGUGCUGUUUCAAGCAGUCAAUGCUUGGACUGCACUUACUUCUGGAGGAAAGUGUCUCACAUGGAGGCCUUUCUCUGUUGUCACAUGCUGAGUUAAACAGAGAACAGCUUUGGGAUCACAGGAUCUAAACUAAUAUAGCUGAAAGUACAUUGAGUACUUGUGAGGGGCACAUCUAGCUAUAAAUUUGCCAUUUACUUCCUAAAUUAGUUUAUUUUAUCAUCAUUUCAUCAUUAUUUUUUUUGAUCCUUUGAAGUCAUCUUGUAGCAGAAAAGCAAAGCCCUUACGAAAUGAUUUGAUCCAGUUGCCAAACAUCAUUCUUUUCACCAUGCUAGCUGAAGGCAAGACCAAAAAUAAUCUAACAUAACCUCUUGAUGCUAAUAUCUAUCAUCAGUACUGCUGCUCAGUGACCAUUGGCAGUGAUGCUACUAACCAGCAUACACUUAUCAACUUAAAGUAGCAUUUGAUUGUCUAAAAAAAACUUUUUCUCAACUCUGAGUGCUACAAUAAGCACUGAAACUAAUACUUUUUCAUUUCAAGUGGCAUAUAGUGAGUUUCAGAAGUACAACGGUGGAAUUUUAAGAGAUUUGACCACUAAACAAAUGUAAUGUUAGUGAUUUGUCAAAGUUAAAUGAAACUGCUUGAUGCUAUCACCACUACACUUUUUUCUCCAACAGUAACCUCAUUAUUCCCAUAUUUGCACCUUCUAAGUGAGAUCAACAGCUACUUUCCAGUAAGACGUGGACAAUAAUUUCCAGCUAACUUUUAGCAGGAUGAACCUCUGGAUGAAAGUCUCUCACAGCAUCACCUGGGGAUACAGUCUCACCAACUGGAGGUCUGGUGCAGGAGGCCUCCAGCAUAGCUGCAGUGUUGACUAAUGGUGCCAAACUUUGUUUCACUUGGAAAGAAAAGAAAGAUUAUUUCUGUAGUUUUCUCAAAAGAGGAAAGAAGAAUCUGACUCAAAGGAUUUCUCCAGUUUCUUGAGCUAUUACCCACAACAUAUCCCACUGAUGCAUCAUCAUUCCCUGAGCUGACUCUUUGAAAAUGGCUCGGUCCGUUCUGCCCAAGCACAGAAUAUGUCCAGCAUCCUCUACAAGCCCCCGUGUGCUAAAUCAUUUCUGCUAACCUCAGAUGUUUCGGAAACUUUUUAUUGUAUUUAGAGAUGUAUCUGAGCUUGGGAUGGAAUCAAUCGGGUCUCUUUGGAGCUCCAGAAAUAGGAUACAACACUCCACUGAAGCUGUGAACAGAGACGUCUUGGGGGCAAGUACAGAAGUACAAAAAAUAAAUAAAUUUACAGCUUGGAACUGCAUAAAGAACAUUAAUAUUGUGUAUAUGUGUGGAUUAUUGAGAAAUAAAGCCAAAGAUGGGACUUUUCCUGAAGUCACCAGACAUGUUACAGAUAAAUACCAAAAUGCCACCAACAACUAAGAAAGACUGAAAGUAGGAAAAAAAUGGUUGAAACUGGUGAAUUUCUCCUGACAACUUUCCCACUGAGUGUCCUAAUGAGGAUGCUGCAGUAAAUGGAUGAAAGCUGAUGGUCUACUGAGCAACCAAAUUACCAGUUGCACUUAAAGACCAGGCCUGUGAUGGAAAUGUUGACGUGUAAAAAUGCAUCCCACAGAACACCUGCCAGUGGACGUUUUUUCCACAUCAAAGUGGAAAGCACUUCAUACAGGUUUUGUCAUCCUCUCUGCAUAUGAGAGUACGAUCAGUAAUUUACUGCAUUCCUCAAUUUUCAGUGAUUUCCUGUCAGUAAAGCAGCCGCUCCUUGUGCUAUGCAGAUCUAUAACAAACAGUGAUUCAGAUUUAGGCCACUUCAUAAUGAUUUUAUGGAAACUGCAAGGGUUGAAGAUUACUUUUGACAUAAGAAUUUUGUUUCUGCAAGUUGUUUUCUUUUUGGCAGAAAGCCUUGAAACUUGUCUGACUUUUUGGCUCAUGGCUUGGACAACCAGGUGCAACGCUGCCAAAUUUUACUCCCAAAACUCAGUGUUAUGUUCCAGCGGUGUUUCACUCAAUAUCUUAACUGAACUCCGAAGUUUUCUUACUUUUACUGAACAUCACACUUUAUUCAAAUACAGAUUUUUUUUUUUUUUUGCUGUUUUGAGCCAGCAUUUCUCUCUCCUACACUUACACAUGCACACACACAUACAGAGUUAAAAAGAAAACUGAUAAGCUUUAUAGUUAUUUGUGUUGUCGUCACAGAAAUCAAUUUUCUAACUAACUGUGCCUCUUCAUGUGGGUUUAGUGUCACCAGAAACAUUUUGAGCAGAAUGUUUUUUUUAUUAUAUAGCAUAUCAAAGAAGCCAGUAUGUUAUAUGCAAGCUGUACUGUUCAUUGCCAUGCAGUGUCCACCUUAUAUACUCUGCAGAGGUGUUUUCCUGAGAAGCAUUUAAAGCUGUUAUCUCUGAUGCCAGGAACUUACAGCGACAAUGAGCUGACUAAAGACGAGUUGACCAUCUGUCACCUGAGGAUGCUCGGUGUGUUUGUCAGUGUCCUUUACAUAAACUCAAUGACUCAGAGAGUGUGUGUGUGUGAGGGUGUGAAAGAAAGUUGUGUGUACAUUUUAAAAAGCUGUAUUAUGUGUCCUUGGAAAAUCCAGCCUACAGUAGUGCUACUAUGUCAGCUUAUUCAGAGUGUGAUGUAAUGUGUUCUGUUUUCCCAGCCUACUAUCUUAAGCUCUGCAUUGCUUUGGAGGAAAAAAAAAUAGAGAACAGUGCUAACUUAAGGAACAUUGUAUUAGUUCAUCAAAUGUGGUGAAAGAUUCAUUCAGAAUUUUAAUGCUUUGUUGUUUCGGUUGUUGUUUCUACUUCUACUACUGCCUUUUAAAUCUAAAUCUCAUAUCAAUCUGUUAUCAAACUGCUGGAGAUGUUCAAUAUUUAUCCUUCAAAAGAUUACAUUUGUGUGUGUAUAAUUUACUGACAUCUGUGUAUGUUUGAUUUGCUGCAUUUCAAUGCAUUUUCUGUGUUAAACAUUUGGGUUAUGUGCUCUAUGAAUGUUAAUGUUAAGAAAAGGGAGGUUUAUCACAGAUGAUGCUCCCUCAUUGGCACAAUUCUUUUUUUUCUUUUUUUUCAAAGAUUUGAAAAUUUGAAGCUGUAUAUGCUGUUAUGUGUUUAAAUAAACAUACAGUAAGAGAACAG